CGGAAAUUAGAUUCUGCUGUGACUAUAAAACGAUUGAAAUAAGAAAUAACCGAGUACUGGCUAACGUGAUCCGUCUGUAGACGAAAGCUAACUAUAUUUAUCUUAAUCAUGUAUUCAUUUGGAUUUUUGAUCAUUUUGAUCACCCAAGUCCUUGUAAUUGCGUGCGAAGAAAGAGAAUCAUGGAACGAAGAACGUCGCCACAUUCAUCACUUCGGACCCUCAUCUGACGAUCAAUUCGUGAUGGUAGUAGAAUACGACAAUUGUGCCGCUCAAGACUAUCCUCAUCGCAAAGCAACGGUGACUAAAGUUCCACUUAAUGACAUGCGUCGUUAUCACAGAUAUCAUCCAGUCCAUGCGAAUUCUAACGCUAACCAAAUUCGAAGAACCCUUGAUGAAAACAGCAACGUUAACACCAAUGUCAACACCAAUUCAAACCGACGAUCUCUGGAUGAUAACAGCAAUGUUAAUACCAAUGUGAACACCAACCAAUUUCGCAGAUCAUUAGAUGACAACAGCAAUGUCAAUACCAACGUCAAUUCUAAUCAGAUGCGCAGGUCAUUGGAUGACAACAGCAAUGUUAAUACUAAUGUCAAUUCUAAUCAGAUGCGCAGAUCAUUGGACGAGAAUACUAAUGUCAAUAUCAACACUAAUAAUUUAGGAGGCGAUGGUGAUGGUGCUGCUAUUUCGUUGAAUGAUCACGAGGUUAAUAUUGAAGCUCGUAGAUCUCAUGAGUCCAAUGGAUCUAGACGAUAUGGCAAUCACAAUCAUGUUCCUAAUCCUAAUUCAAAGAGCAGGAGGAAUUCUAGGAAUCAAUUGAACUCGCUUUAUGGUCAUCAGCGCAGAAACUCGCAAGGAUUGAGAAGGAAUGUUCUUGUUGAGAACAAAGGACAACGUGUAGAGGUUGAUGAUAAUGAGGCUAAUGUUUAUGUUGAACAUGCUGCUGAUGAUAUUGAUGAUCUUGCGCCUUAAAAUGGAAAAGUUGGAAAGUUUAUUUGGUUUUUAAAUGAGUUAUUGUAAAUAAUUGCUAUCAUGUGUA